AUGGCCAGCGUAGUGCAACCCGACAGACUCCACCUCGACAAUGCGUCCUGGGGAAAUAUAUCCAUACCGGAAGCUAAAGGCGAUGAUUCAAACGCAUCAAUGGAGCAUACCACAGCUUCGGUAAAGGGGCGCCCCCUUUGCUCAGAUCAUGCCGUACCCACGCCGCUUAGUUGGCACCGACGGCCACCGGCAACGCGCAUGGGACAGGACAGGACAGCGAGAGAGCGAGAGAGCGAGCGACAAGAAGAAGAAAAUGGCACAGGCAAUCAGGGCGGAAGCCGAGAAAUGCGCUUGCGCCGCCGUUCGUUCAACCGCCGUCCAUGCGCCGCCGCGGCCGCCGCCUAUCUGCAAGCCCAAAACUCCCCCGUACUCUGCCGUUGGUUCCCCAAAAGGGGGAAAUAUAGACGACGGCCACAACACAAGCCACCCUUCACCACCGCUACCGCUGCCGUCAUCACUAACUCGAACCCGACCACGCACCCCCGUGAAAUCAAAUACUUGGCUCCCACGCGCACGAAGGAUUUGACGUGUUUCGCCAUCACCCGCGCCUACCGGCCUCGCCCGCUGACGCCAAAUCAAGCUUUGACAACCCGCCUAUUAGUCUAG